AUGAUUUUAAUAAUCAAUUUAUUCCUGUACGUGCGGCAGCGUGAAACUCGCGAGUUUCUCGGAGGUAAAUAGCAAAGGAUAUUCAGAGUUUGAGUAGCCAGUCAGAGCACACCUUCAACGCUGUCCACUGCUUUAGUAUAUACUAAUGACCUUUAACUUGUCGAAACCUUGUCGAAAACCAUUGCAUUAAUUCUUGACAUGGUUUCAUCGUUUCAGAAGUUUCAAGUGAGAAUGGCUGUGACGAACAAGCGAAGGAAACAAGAUGCACUUGCGGUAAAAACAAGAAAAAUAAGUCAGUUUCAGACAUUUUCUGUGUUUCUGGUAAAUGCCCGUGUCACAAAGUGAACCACUCUUGUACCCGCUCGUGUAGAUGUUACAAUUGCAAAAAUACGUGCAAUUCCAAUGAAGUUGUGAGGGUAACAAAGAGUCUGAAGAGAGGCUGUAGGUGCGGAGUUGGACAAAAGAGCAAAGGGGACGGAGAACCAAAUGCAAGUCACAAGUCGUGUCAAGACAGUCUCCGCAAGUCAAAGUGUCCGUGUGUAGCGGGUGGCAUAGGAUGCACCGAAGUCUGCAGAUGCUUUAAUUGUGGAAACAUUGUUCAAGCUCGAGCUGACCCGGGAAAAUCCCCAAAACGAAAGAAGCGAAAUAGGGCGACCGUCUCUCCAUAUAAGAGGAAAAAGGGAUCAAAGUUCAUGAUAAGUCAAAAUGCAGAGGUGGAUUGUGGACCAUGGAGAAACAUUGAAACGCUUUGUUUGAUGGUUUGCCGGGACGUGAUGCUAAGUCAAGGACUUUCCAUAAAUUCAAAAAAUUUGCGUGAUUUGUAUGAUUUCGUGGCUAAGUCUCCUGCUGUUAUGGAAAUGUCUUUAAACAUAGCUGCGAAGUCUACAGCACAAAUUGCGGCUAAAAUAGCGCAUCUAAGAGGCAUUGAUUUGUAA